CACCUCACCUCACCUCAGCUCUCAUCUCCUAGGUAUCUAGGCCUCACUAUUCAAAACCCCUUACCUUGCCUUUAAGGUUGUUUGCUUGCUCACUGUCUAUUCCUCUUGCCAUUACCUCACUGACACUUUAUGUUCUCACAAUUCAAACCCUUCUUCAUGGCUAAUAUCCCAACCAAAUUAAAUAAUUCUCCUUCUUCUAUCGCUUCCACUAUUUUUCUCUCUGAAAAAGACUUAUCAGCGGCCGCACUAAUAAACUCCAUGGACUGCAACUUCUUAAGAGAAACAACAGUAGUCUCAUCAAGACCCAGUCUGGAGUUUCCAGAAACUUGUCAGAUGGUUACGUCAUCGUCUUCUUCCAGAAAUUUAGAAUCAGAGCAUCAUGAAGGAGACAAUAACGGGAAAGUCUUCGAAAAACACCAGGAAGAAGAGAACAGAUACGAGGUUUUGGUUUCUUCUUUGAAGGUGAAACUCACAAACACUACUGUAAACAAGGAGAAAGAAGAAGAAGAAGAACAAGGGUGUAAAACUCCGACGUCGCCGGAGUAUAAGAUCCCGGCGGCUUGCCCGCCGGCUCCGAGAAAGCCAAAGGCUGUGCCGGCAAAGAGAAGAGGUUGUUGUCACAAAAGGGUUUUUCUUGAUUUGUCAGAUGAGACUGAAUCUUUGUUUCCUCCACUCCUUCUGGCUGAUCUUGGUAAAAAGAUCAAGAAAAUUAGGAGUAGUUAAUUGAUGAUUAAUCUUAUUUUCAGCCUUGCUUUAUUCAUCAUAAUAAUUUGACUUACAAGUAAGCUAGAUGCAGAUUUGCUUCUGUAUAAUGCUGCAAAUUCAAUGUAUGUACAAUUCAUCUCUAUAACAUAUAUCUCAUCUAUUAAUUAACUUUUCUUUUCUUUCUUUUAAA